UUUUUAAAAAGAAGCAUGUGUCCUUUUUCAGAUAACCCAACUAAUCCAUGUGGAUUUGUUUACCUUAGAAAUAAACGUGUAUUUGAGGGCGAGAAUGUAUAUUUAGAAUAUUAUCCGUCUAAAGAUGUAAUGGAAAACCCUGAUAAUUUUGAGCGCCAGUGGGUUCGAUCAAAAAACGGAUCUACAUCUGAUAUUAAGAUUGGAAAUGAUACUUACAUUGAAAAUAAUACAGAAAAUGGGAAGUAUACAUUGACAUUUUCCAUUGACAACAGUAAAAGUGGAAAUUACAGUGUAAAUUGCGGCGGAGAAGCGGGAUUUACAAAUACUAUUUCAGUGGUUGGACUAGUGCCACCAAGUGCCCCGGAAUUUGUUGGUUUGCGGGACAUUGAUGAUUGUAAGAAAUGCAUUGUUGGUUCUGACAAAGAGAACAUUCAAGUCCAGUGCAACACUAGUGGCGGGACACCACCCCCACAUGUAACAGCAACAGUAGGAGACCAAUCAUUCCAAGCAUUGCAGUAUAAUGAUACAUCGUUUUAUAUAGCAUUUAUCACACUUGCUGACAGUUACCACAAUAUAACAAUCACUUGUUCGGUAAUGAAUGACGCAUUAUCGUCACCACUUAUCACUACUGCAAAAGUGUAUGUUAUAAAGCCUCCAUCUGAUGUUGUGUUAUCAACACCAAAUUACCUAAAAGAAGGGAGUCCCGUAUAUAUCACUUGUCUGAGUCUAAACUCAAGACCUUUGCCUGAUGUUUAUUUCAACAUUUCCGAUAUUAAAGUGCCGUCUACUGACGUAAAUACGAUAACUACUUUCAAUAAGGCCACUUCAUUAUACAGAAGCUUUACCAUCCUGACAAAAUUUCGACGAGAAUGGAACGGAGAGAAAAUAUUUUGUUGUAGUUAUAAUAAAUGGUACAAUACACCUAGAUACUGUUCCGAAGCGAAACAAGUUAACUUUAUGUUUCCUCCAUCUGACAUCAAACUUGAAAUCAAAUUUGACUCUGUAGAUCCACUUCGUAUGUACGCUGUAUGUACCCUGAACAAUUCUAAUCCGGUUUGCAGGGCUAAUUUCACGGCAGCCGACGAAAUCAUCGGUUCAGAAAGGAACUCAAAGAACACGAGUCUCCCGCAUGGUGCGUGGAAAACAGAGUAUGUCGUUAAUUUGAAUGUCAGUAAAGAAGACAAUGGUAAAGAUGUUACAUGUGCUGCCGACUGCGCAGACUUUCAGGACCUGGAACUUAGAGACACAAAAACAAUUAAACUUCCAUACCGCCCCGUUAUAAAGUUCAAUAUUUCUGGAGCAAUGUUAGAUAUUACCAAAGGAGAACGAGCACAUGUUAAAUGUACAGCUGACAGCGUUCCCGUCUCUAAUAUAUCCUGGAUUGAGAUGUCAGAUAAAGAAAACAAAAUAAAGAAGCAAUGUGAUUAUGAAAAGGAAUGUGUUUUAGACGUAAAUGCAGAUGUCAUCUCGAAACAAUACUUUGUGUGUGCGAUAAGCUAUUUGCAACUGAACGACAAUAAAACUUUGAUUGUUAACAUUUAUAAAUCCAGGAACAAAAAACAAAUGUCUCAAAUGUCCAACAACGGAAAUGGAACGCUUAUUGGAAUCAUUGUCGGAAUAUGUUCAGCGUUGGUUGUAAUAAUUGUUGUCAUGGUUAUUGUCAUCAGAAACAAACGAAACAAUGAGCAAGCAAAACAUAAAACACAUCAGUCGAGUCAGAAAGGAAACAGUCUUCCUCAGCGAGAAAAUGAGCAUGCUGCGUCAGGAAAGGAUGUCGCCUUUGCAGACGAUUUGUGUGACGUUACAUAUUCUCAACCAAUCAAGAAGAAAAAGGUUGCCGCAGUGUGUGAUGAAACAUAUGCUGAAGUUGAUAAAACAAGAAAUAGAGACCAUCAAGCUAAAGGCUCUGCUGCUGAGGGACAGCGCUCUGAAGAUGGACAGCUUAUGUAUGUUGACCUCGAAUUCAAUGCAGAUGGAAAGACGCCAAAAGAAGCUGUCGUCAAGCGGCGCGAUUCACCUACUGAAUAUGUUGGUAUAGAUUUCGCCAAAACUGCAGCUUAUAUUGCUGAAGAGAAUGAUACGGAAGAUACAGAAAUGGACAGUAUCUAUGUAAAUCAGUAAUUAAAAAUGGAAAUAUGUGUGAUAGUUACUACUGUACUCACAUACACUUGAAUUCUUGACCCUAUGCUUAUCUGCCGUUGAAUAUUAAAAACUAAUGUAGUUACUUUGUAAACUAUCAUUUAUUAAUAGGGUUUGUAAAAUGAAUUAAGCCAUGAAGUAAACAGUGAACAGAAGAUAAUCAGAAAGGGAGCUAACAAUAAUCUAUAAUUUCUCAAAGUGUCCGAGACUGUCAUAUCUUAUUAAUGAAAAUUUUGUCACUUUUUUAUUCUUAAUGUGAUAACUACAUGUACGUACGGUUUUUCCUAACCUUAUGGGUAACUGUUACUUUCGUUGGACGGAAAUCACUCACGAAUAUUUCAAAAUUCUCGCAAUCAUGUUUAUAUUUUAAAUCUUCUUGUUGAAGUUAAAAAACUAAACCUUAAUUAUUCACUUAAAUCCUACAAUUCUUGUAAUUUUAUGAAAGUGUAUUUUUCGUUCUGUUGUCAUGUACUUGUAACAACUAAAUGAGAAGAUAAAAGUAAAACAAUAUAAUUAUUUACUAAUCUGAAAAUGAUAUUAGUUAUGAUUGUUGAUAUUUUUUCUAUUUAUAUUUGCUUUUUGUAAUGUUGUUUUUUGUAUAAUUGUUUCUGUACAUAAUGUACUUUUCUGAUUAAUUUUCAUAUACAGUAAGUGUGAUGUUGUUAAUAAUAAGAAAGUGCUAUUACAACAUGUUUAUAUAUCAUUUACGCCUAUUCUGUCGAUUUUAGUUAUUAUGCACAAGCCAGUUUCAACCACUCAAUCCAUCAGUGAAAUAUAGCGUUACAUUCCAUUGUGGAAAUAUACGUUAUCAUGAUGACUGUAACCACAGUCACUUAGAUUUGAUGACCCUAUCAUUAUCCGCCCCUGAACAAUAAAACGAGAUCAACUGUUUUUUGUUUUGUUUUCAUUUUUGUGCUCUUAACAAGACAAUAAUUCAUCAAUUGUAAAUUGAUGUUGUUAGAUUACCAAUCCCUUUGAUGUGACCAUAUCAUGAAAAGAAUGAAAACUACAAGUGUUCUAAUAUCAAUGCAUCUAUGU